AUGAAGGAGAAUAUAUGUACCACAGAGCUCACAAAUGUUAAUAAUAAACAAAUAUUAUUAUUAUUAUUAUUAUUAUUAUUAUUAUUAUUAUUAUUAUUAUUAUUAUUAUUAUUAUUAUUAUUAUUAUUAUUAUUAUUAUUAUUAUUAUUAUUAUUAUUAUUAUUAUGUUUAUUAUGUCAAUAUUAUUAUUAUCAAUGGGAAUUCUCUCAAUUACGUGUUGUUGCCGAAAUGGUUGUUGAGCUCACGUAUUCUUACGCACGAUUACCUUCACGGAUGUGGUUACUCGUUGAAAUGCCAUUUCACUUAACGUUAACGGUUAACCAAUAG